GCCAUUUUAGUGCGUCUCAAACCAUCCGGUAAAAUGGCGCCUUUGCUUUGUCUCCACUAUUCAAUAUUUUAAAAUUUUUCUAAAAUACAAAUGACUGAGAAUUAUCUGUUUUACAUCUCCGGGACGACGUGCCAAGAACUACACGUGUCUCAGUCAUUCAAUAAAUGACAAAAGAGUACAGUAGGUUAAAUGAGUAGAACCUCAGCUGAAUCUACAGACCAAAUGAUGGAACAGGAAGUAGGUCAACUUCCGAUUACAGACCAGAUGGAGGAGGAGGAGGAGGAUGAUGAGGAGGAGGAGGAGGAGGAGCCUGGGAGCUCAGAAGAGACUGAGAGACCCUCCUCUUCUCACACCAAGAGGAAGCCUGCUGUUACAGCCAAGCACACCGGAGGGAAUGAGUCUGACACCUCGGACGAGAGUGGACAGGAAGAUGGCGCCUCUGACAACCCCUCAGAUGAUACCACUUUGCAGGAGAGGAUAGACUGCACCGCCUGUGGACAGCAGGUCAACCACUUCCAGCGCCACUCAGUGUUUGAGCACCCGAUGCUCCAUGUGCUCCUCUGCAAGUCGUGUUAUAAGUAUUACACCAGCGAUGACAUCAAUAAAGACGAGGACGGCAUGGACGAACAGUGCAGGUGGUGUGCUGAAGGUGGCAACCUGAUCUGCUGUGACUACUGCCACAACGCCUUCUGUAAGAAGUGCAUCCUGCGUAACCUGGGGCGCAAGGAGCUGUCCAUGAUCACCGACGAGGACAGUAAAUGGUCCUGCUAUAUCUGCAGCCCUCAGCCUCUCUCAGACAUCGCCUCCAACUGCUCCAACAUCUUGACCAAGCUGGAGAGCUUCUGGCGCACGGGAUGCAAGAAAGAGAGGAAGGAGGUGAAAGGGCACAGUAAGGGUAAAGGUCACCACCACCAUGGUAAAGCUGUGGUGAACGGUAAGGAACAUUCAGACGGGUCAGGGACCCUCACCUUCUCCUAUAAGACCCUGAAGGUCCUCAAGGAGCUCGUGAAGAGGACCAAGAAGCUGAUUGAGACAACCACAGGGCUCAACAGCACCUUCAUCCAGCAGGCUGAGGAGGAGCAGGGAGCAGGAGGAGGUGGCAGCGGGACCAGACACCUCAAGGCCUUCAGGUCUGUUCUGGCUGAUAUGAAGAAGGCCCAUGCUGCCCUAGAGGAGGACUUGGAGUCACAGUUCACUUCCCAGGACCAGGGGAUGCAGAACGGGGAUGCUGUUUCCAACACCGACGGCCAUGAUGGCCACGAUCAGAUUGACAACAUGGUUGAUGGACAGGAGGCAGAAGAGGAUAAAAUGGCCGACACUGAGGAUGGGGAGGAGCAUGGGGGCUUGUCAGAGGACGCAGAGAUGGAGGGGAGCCCCGCCCCCGCGCCUCAGGACCACUCGGACACAGAGACAGACAGCCAGGCCAAAGACCAGACAGCAGUGGAGGAGGAGGAGGAUGGAGAGGAGGAGGAGGGUGACCGGAAAAAAGACAUUGUGUCCGUCGGGCUGGCCGUCCCUGACGAGCUCUUCCAAAUGGUAGAGAGUCUGGCGGACUCCGCAGGGUUAAAGCCCGGCAACGACGCCAUGGAAACCACCGCUGCUAGCCAAUCCGAGAGCCCCGCCGCCGACUCAAACAGGAAGUCACUUGAAACCCAUAAGGAGAAGGCCAUGCCCAAGGUGAAGAACCUGAUCGUGAAGCUGACGCCCGUUCCAGUGGUUACCACACGCACCUCCAGGUCUAUGAGCAAGGAUAAGGAUGGAGGGAAGGAGAGGAGUAAGGAUGGAGGGAAGGAGAGGAGUAAGGAUGGAGGCAAGGAGAAGAGUAAGGAGGAGGUGGAGGGAGGUGGGGGCUCUGAGGAGGACAGCCGCCGCUCCAGCCGCACAAAGACCACACCCCUCAGGAAGUCACCGGACGGGAAGAACAAGAUGGCUGAAUCCUCUCCGGAGAACAGUGACUCAGAGGGCAAGAGUCCCAGCAGGCUGAAGAGUAGAACCAAAGGCAGCUCGGAGAAGGAACGUGAGGAGGAGGAGGAGGAGGAGCAGCAGAGCAAUGCCUCAUCCAAGGUGACCGCUGAUCCUUCUAAACACGAAGUGGACUCUGACGAGGUUCUGGACAUCCUGCUCCAGACUGCAGCGGCAGAACACAGCUCGGACGAGGAUGCGCAGCAGGACGCCGAUGGUAACCAGGGCAACAGGAGCUUCAAAAGGUGCCUGUUCAAACUCAGCAAGAAAGAUGGAGAGGAGGAGGAGAAUGACAAGGUGAAGACUGACAAGAAGCUGGCAGCCAAACGCAAACUGAAAGCCGACGAUUCAGACAACUCAGAGUCCGACUCAGACGAAGACACGAAGAGGAAGAAAAAGAAGUCCUCCUCAGCUUCUGCCAAAAAGACAUCCAAGAAGAAGGGCUCGGACGGCUCCUCUAACUCCGACUCGGACUUAGAGAUGAAGGGACUCAGCCAACUGGCGACGGGGAAACGGAGGAGCAGCCGUGUGAAGAAGGAAAGAGAGGAGAAGGAGAACAAGGGCGGAGAUCGGAGGCGGUCGUACGAACUGAAACGCAAAGCCAGAAGUAGAGGAGCCAAGCAGCAAGAUUCAUCGUCUGAUGACAAGGAGGAGGGAGGAGGGUCUGGAGAGGAGAGUGGAGACCAGCAGAAGAUUAAACCCAUCGUGGAGGAGACGUUGGUAGCAGGGAGGGGAACCUUCCACCAGUCCUCAGGAGAUGAAGGUAACCAUGACGCAUCUCAGAUGGCCGAUGAGGAGGACGAUGAUGAUGAUCCAGAGAACAGAAUUGCCAAGAAGAUGCUGGCCCAGAUCAAGGCUAACUACUCUUCAGGAGCAGAGGAGAGCUCUGACGAGGACGGAGAAGAGAAGGAACAGAAGAAGGAGAAGGGAGGAGAGGAGCAGGAGGAGGACAACGAUGAUGAUGAUGAUGAAGGGGGCUCUGGCUCUGAUGUGGACGUGAAGACGAGUGUGGGGCGUCACCACCGGCUGCUCCGCCACAAACUGACGCUGUACGAAGUGGAGUCGGGAGAGGAGAAGGAGAAACCAGCCAGCAAGGGGAAGAAGGAGACCAAGAGGACCAGACGGAAAGUGGGUAGUGAUGACUCAGCAGACCCAGACUUUAAGGAGUCAGCUAGCAGCAGUGAGUCAGGAGUUAGUGAGGAGAUCAGUGAGAAGGAAUCGUGGUCAGAGGAGUCUGAGUCUGAGAAGGAAGGCAGUAGACACAGGAGGACCACGCGCUCCUCCGUGAAGAGGAAGAAGAAGAAGAAGGAGAGGAGCUACGCUCAGAAGAAGAAACGGCGUCGCAUCAAGGCCCUGGAUUCUUCAUCCGACGACAAGAGCGGGUCAGGAGAGGACGGCUCGGGGAAGGAGGAUGGAGACACUCCUAAAGGACAGAGGAAGAAGAUCAGAAAAAUCCUCAAGGACAACGAGCUGAGGACGGAAACGAGGGAUGCCCUGAAGGAGGAGAGGAGGAGACGCAUCGCUGAGAGGGAGCAGCUCAGGGAGAAACUCAGAGAGACUCUACAUGUCCCUCCCGACCAGGUACUCGUGGUGGAGGAGGCGUCCGCCGUGGCUUGUCCAAUCACAACCAAGCUGGUGCUGGAUGAAGACGAGGAGACCAAGGAGCCCAUGGUGCAGGUUCACCGCAAUCUGGUCACUAAGCUCAAACCACACCAGGUCGACGGGGUCCAGUUCAUGUGGGACUGCUGUUGUGAGUCGGUGAAGAAAACCAACAAGAACUCUGGUUCUGGAUGUAUCCUGGCUCACUGUAUGGGCCUGGGAAAAACGCUGCAGGUGGUAACCCUACUCCACACACUACUGCUGUGUGAAAAGUUAGACUUCUCCACGGCUCUGAUCGUCUGUCCUCUCAACACCGUUCUCAACUGGCUCAAUGAGUUUGAGAAGUGGCAGUACGGCUUCAAGGACAAGGAGAGUUUAGAGGUGACGGAGCUGGCCACGGUGAAGCGUCCUCAGGAGAGAGCGUCUGCUCUGCAGCAGUGGCAGGAGGAUGGAGGAAUCAUGAUCAUUGGCUAUGAGAUGUACCGUAACCUCACACAGGGUAGAAACAUCAAGAGCAAGAAACUCAAAGAGACCUUCCAGAAGACCCUGGUUGACCCAGGCCCAGACUUUGUGAUCUGUGAUGAGGGCCACAUCUUGAAGAACGAGGCGUCGGACAUCUCUAAAGCCAUGAACUCCAUCAAGACGCGAAGGAGAGUGGUGCUCACCGGCACACCGCUGCAGAACAACCUCAUAGAGUGUAUGUCCGUUACUUCCUGUUAUAUCCAGACCGCUGGCCUACAGGGCAUUCGGAAAUAAUUCGGACCCCUGGACUUAACACAUUACAGCCUUACUCUAAAAUUGAUUUUUUAAAGCCCCCCCCCCCCCUCAUCAAUCUACACAUAAUGACUAAGCAAAAACAGGUUUAGACAUCUUUGCUAAUUCAUAAAAAAAUACAAAACUGAAAAAUCUCAAGUACAUUUAGUAUUCAGACCCUUUACUCAGUACUUUGUUGCAACACCUUUGGCAGCGAUUACAGCCUCGAGUCUUCUUGGGUAUGACGCUACAAGCUUGGCACACCUGUAUUUGGGGAGUUUCUCCCAUUCUUCUCUGCAGAUCCUCUUUGGUUGGUGGAGGGCCUAAGCCCUCCCAGGUCCACCCUUGACUGUGCCCCUGCCCAGUCAAGUGAAAUCCAUGGAUUAGGGCCUAAUUAAUUAAUUUAAAUUGACUGAUCUUCUUUCUCAGUAAAAUAUUAGAAAUUGUUGCAUGUUGAUUUUGUUCAAUAUAGUAAGUUAUAUGGACUCUUGUGUUAUAUAGAAGGGGUUGACCAUUUUUUUCAUGACUACCUCUGUCCCCCCAUACAUACAGUUUAGCCAAAUACAUUUAAACUCAUUUUUUCACAAUUCCUGAUAUUGAAUCCUAGUAAAAAGUCUCUUAGGUCAGUUAGGAUCACCAGUUUAUUUUAAGAAUGUGAAAUGUCAGAAUAAUAAGAGGGAAUUAUUUAUUUCAGCUUUUAUUUCUUUCAUCACAUUCCCAGUGGGUCAGAAGUUUACAUACACUCAAUUAGCAUUGCCUUUAAAUUGUUUAACUUGGGCCAAAAGCUUCGGGUAGCCUUCCACAAGCUUCCCACAAUAAGUUAGGUGAAUUUUGGCCCAUUCCUCCUGACAGGGCUGAUGUAACCGAGUCAGGUUUGUAGGCCUCCUUGCUUGCACAUGUCUUUUCAGUUCUGCCCACAAAUGUUCUAUAGGAUUGAGGUCAGGGCUUUGUGAUGGCCACUCCAAUACCUUGACUUUGUUGUCCUUAAGCCAUUUUGCCACAACUUUGGCAGUAUGCUGGGGGUCAUUGACCGAUUUGCGCCCAAGCUUUAACUUCCUGACUGAUGUCUUAUGAGGUUGCUUCAAUAUAUGAAUUUUCCACCCUCAUGAUGCCAUCUGUUUUGUGAAGUGCACCAGUCCUUCCUGCAGUAAAGCACCCCCACAACAUGAUGCUGCCACCCCCGUGCUUCAUGGUUGGGAUGGUGUUCUUCAGCUUGCAAGCAUCCCCAUUUUUCCUCCAAACAUAACGAUGGUCAUUAUGACCAAACAGUUCUAUUUUUGUUUCAUCAGACCAGAGGACAUUUCUCCAAAAAGUAUGAUCUUUGUCCCCAUGUGCAGUUGGAAACUGUAGUCUAGCUUUUUUUAUGGCUGUUUUGGAGCAGUGGCUUCUUCCUUGCUGAGCGGCCUUUCAGGUUUGUCGAUAUAGGACUCUUUUUACUGUGAUUAUAGAUACUUUUGUACCCGUGUCCUACAGCAUCUUCACAAGGUCCUUUGCUGUUGUUCAAUGACGGCCUAGGAACAGUGGCGUAACUGCCUUGUUCAGGGGCAGAACAACAGAUUUUUACCUUGUCAGCUCAGGGAUUCGAUCCAGCAACCUUUCAGUUACUAGCCCAACACUCUAACCCCUAGGCUACCUGCUUUACAUAUCAUUCAUAGUAUAUCUUGUGUAGAUACAUAUGGAUUACUGAUAGUGUUAUUUGGGUUGUUAAUUAGAUUCUUUCUGACAUUUCUUUUUUAAAUUGAUUAUUUGUGUGCCAGUUUGACAUUUGAAUGCAUUGUUAGGCGCUGUAACAUAAGCAUUUCGCAGCCCCGCUAUAACAUCUGCUAAACUGUUUAGGCGACCAAUAACCUUUGAUUUGACCUUGGGACAAAACCUCAAUACAACCACACAGCCCUUGAAAGCUCUGUCAGCCUACACCCGGGACACACAACAUCAACACAACCCUCAUUUGACUGCCCCUGAGGACACAGACAACACUGACCCCCAGUGGACUGCUAUCUAAAGGACAGGUUGGUGUACAGUCAACCUCGGUGCAGGUUAGUUAGCGACUCGUCAAACCCAAGAUAACUGGAACACAGCAUGGAUUACACGGAACCCAAACCGGCUGCUCGCGUGCGUCAUCAUGCAUUUAUUUUGUCCCCCCCACACCAAACGCAGGUUAAAAUAUCAAAACCAACGGAACCAAUGACAUUAAUUUGGGGACAGGUAGAAAAGCAUUAAACAUGUAUGGCUAAUUAGCUUGCACUUGCUAGCUAACAUUAAUUUGUCCUAUUUAGCUAGCUUGCUGUUGCUAGCUAAUUUGUCCUGGGAUAUAAACAUUGAGUUGUUAUUUUACCUGAAAUGCACAAGAACCUCUACUCCGAAUAUUAAUCCACACAUAAAACGGCCAACCGAAUCAUUUCUAGUCAUCUCUGUCUUCCAGGCUUUUAUGGUUUAUGGUGAUCGCAUCAAAACUUUUGUAUUACCACGACUACCGGCAAAAAAAGUUAGUCUUUCAUUCACCCACGUGGGUAUAACCAAUGAGGAGAUGAGACGUGGGUACCUGCUUCUAUAAACCAAUGAGGAGAUGGGAGAGGCAGGACUUUCAGCGCGAUCUGCGUCAGAAAUAGGAAUGAGUUCUAUUUUAUCCGUUGGUGUCGCAGACGCUCGUUGGCGCGCGCGAGCAGUGUGGAUGCAAUAAUUGAUUUCUAAAUUUAUUUUGCGACGCUCGCGCACGCGACGUGUCCGGUCUGGUCAGCAUGUUAGGCUGCAUUCAAAUCAGCGACGUCACUAGAGAUUCAUGGAUAGGGGUGGUUUGGCAUACUCCCUGUCCGUUUACUGUUAUCUAGCAGUCUCAAGCCACAGAAGUAGCUAAAAUUAACUUAAAUAUUAGCGGUACAUUUUCGAGUGUGCAUCAACAAUUCAGCAGAGCAAGUUUGUAUGAAGGUGCGGUUAUUAAAUGGGUACAUAGUUCAAUAGUAAUAUCCUCUAAAACGCUCUGGUGACAAACAAACUUUGCUGCCCUGUUUCCAAUUGUCCCCAUGGCUGGGAGAACCUAUUUCAGUAAAUAUAUUUCAGAAAUGUAAAAAAAAUUAACGGAUGUAUUAUUAGCUACAGUGCAGGCUAACUCAAAUUAGCUAUCUAGCCAACUUCAAAUACUGUAUAGAUAGCUAGCCAAGUGAAUUAAAUAUCAGCAGCUAGAUGUAUUUAUCACUGUAAAAAAACUAAUGCCAAAUGCAUUAUAGCUAGUUAACGACCAUGGAGGGUGAAUGAUAACAGCCCCAACUGUCAGUAAGAGAGGAGGCUAUUCUGGAAAGGGCAGGUACUUGUGUGUUGUUCCUGUCCCUACAAGUGAGGACAGAGAUAAUAGUAACUAAUAUUCAGUGUGGUGUAAUUUGACUAUAAUGAAGUGUGUUUCUUGUGAGGUUUUCUGUCCUCAGAUAAAGAGAGCUAUGAAAGCCUGUCUACAUAUGAAGAGCAGUGGUUCUCAGUCCUGGGGACUCAAAAGGGGCACACAUUGUUGUUUUUGCCUCAGCACUUCACAGCUGAUCAACUCAGGAUGCCAACCCCCAGUCCUAUCAUCACCACCUCACCUGCUUUUAAGAACCUUUGUGCUGUCGAGAAAUGCUUAUGUAAUUGUGAUAAACUAAGAGAAUAUUUGGGUAGCACUGUGAUUCAUUAAUCAUAUGCUGUCUGCCUCUGUUCUUGGGGCGGCAGCGUAGCCUAGUGGUUAGAGCAUUGGACUAUUAACCGGAAGGUUGCGAGUUCAAACCCCCGAGCUGACAAGGUACAAAUCUGUCGUUCUGCCCUUGAACAGGCAGUUAACCCACUGUUCCCAGGCUGUCAUUGAAAAUAAGAAUGUGUUCUUAACUGACUUGCCUGGUUAAAUAAAGGUAAAAUUAAAUUAAAUUACCCAUUUCUCUGUAUUUUACACCUCUCCUACCACCUUUCUUCCUGUUUUUAUACGGCACAGCAGAUGUGAAGUACAGAUUGAACUUAUUUAUAAUAUCACAUUCCUAAUAUGUAUAAUGCAUGUAUGAUGUAUUUAUAACUGAGAAUAUUUAGGUAGCACUGUGAUUCAUUAAUCAUAUGCUGCCUUCCCUGCUCCUGUGUUUAACCUCUUUCCUUUGGUCUUUCUACACCUCUUUCUUCCUCUGUUUUAUAAUGAAGUACAGAUCCAACUUGUAUUUAUAACACUUGGAUAAUGAGCUUAUUUCAAUAAAGCAUUUUACAUUCUCUA